AUGUGGUCAAGCGCAAGUCACGACGGGGCCCAGCAGUCCGUACUGCUGGCAUUCGGAGCAUUGACUGCGCUCUACGCGUCGUGGAAGAUCCUGAGCAUGCCCGUCCCGCUGCCGGAUCCCGGCAUGGAAGACCUCUUCCGUCCCGCCUCGACGCUGCCGAUACUGGGCAACACCUUGGACGUGCUGCUCUUCAACCGCUACCGAAUGAGCGACUGGAUCAACGACCAGACCGACGCCAGCGAGGGCAAACCGUGGAUCCUCCAGCUGCUGUUCCAACCGCCGUGGGUCGUGCUGUCCAUGCCCAGCGACCUGGACGACGUCUUCCGCGACCAAUUCGACGUGUUCGAGAAGGGCGGCACCCUCGGCGAUAUCUCGUUCGACGUGUUGGGCAACGGGCUACUCAACGUCAGCGGAGAUAAGUGGAAGCAGCAGCGUCGCGCUGCCAGUCACCUCUUCUCUACCCAGAGCAUUCGAGAUGUCAUGGAGCCCGUGAUCCGAGAGAAAACACUUCAGCUUCGAGACGUCCUCGCACAAUGUGCAGAUCGUGAACAAACGGUGAGCAUGAAGUCGCUGCUGGGCAAGUUCACAAGCGACGUGUUCACCCGCAUCGGGUUCGGCGUGGAGCUCAACCAACUCGGUGGCGACGUCCUCGUCGACGACAUGCACCCCCUGGAUAUCGCUCUACAUGCGGUGCAGAACCGAUUCCAGACCCCCAUGUGGAUGUGGAAGCUCACGCGGUUCCUCAACGUCGGAGCUGAACGGCGUCUCCGAGAGAACAUGAAGAUCGUCAACGACAUGGUGCGUGGCAUUAUGGUCCGAUCCAUCGGCGACAAAACCCCUGGAGAUGGCAAGAAGAACCUCUUGACAUUGCUCAUGAAGGACGACGUGGACGCCGACCCCCGUGAGCUUCAAGACACGGCUGUGAACUUCUUCAUCGCAGGGAAAGACACGACCUCCUUCAGCUUGUCGUGGCUUAUCGUCAUGAUGAACCGGUACCCUCGAGUUCUGCAGAAGAUUCGCGAAGAGAUCGCAUCAGUGCUACCGGGGCUAUUGACUGGAGAAAUGAGCGCACCAACUCUCGAGGAUACGCAGAAGCUCGUGUACUUGGACGCCGCGGUGAAGGAGAGCGUGCGUCUGUGGUCCGUUUCAACGUAUCGGUGCACGACGAGAGACACGACACUCACGAGUGGAGCAUUCAUCGAAAAGGGGACGGUGGUGGUCGUGUCCAAGUACGCCGCUGCCAGACGCAAGAACGUGUGGGGGGACGAUGCCGCGGAGUACAGACCCGAGCGUUGGUUCGACGAGAAGACCGGCGAGCCUAAGAGCAUCACACCACCGCAAUUCAUCACCUUCAGCACGGGGCCACGGAAAUGCAUCGGCAUGCGUCUCGCUAUGCUGGAGAUGAAGACCGUCAUGGCUGUGUUGUUCAGUCGCUUCGACAUUGAGACGGUGGAGGACUCAUUCAAGAUCACGUACGACUUCUCGUUCGUGCUACCGGUGAAAGGCCCACUAGCUGUGCGGAUUCGUGAUCGCACAGCCCCAAGUGUCUAA